UCUGUUAUCUAUAAAUAAGAGAACUCAACAGUCACAUGUAUUCUCAAAAACAUAGAAAAAACAAGAAACAAAAUGCAUGUUUUAUUAUCCUUAAACUCAAGCUUAAGUUUAAUCAACAUUUCAAAGUCAUACAAACAUCAUCAUAGCCUUCCACUUUCAAAUAAUCAUCAGAGACAACCUCGUACAGUACAGUUUUCUGUCUCAUGCAGAGCCACAAAAAGUGUUCCAAUUAAUCAUAAGCUAGAUGAUGAAGAUGGAAACUUGUACAAGAUUCUAUCUUUGAGUCCUAAAACUGCAACAACAGAUGAGAUAAAGAGAGCUUAUAGAAGAAUGGCACUUCAGUAUCAUCCUGAUGUUUGUUACGAUGGUUUGAAGAAAGUCGAAUCGACUAGGAUGUUUGUAAAACUGAAUGAAGCUUAUAAGAUAUUGUUGAAUCCAAAGCUUAAAGAAGAGUAUGAUUCUAAGUUAUUGGGUUUGGGUGAUAUGAGAAGAAGUAAAUGGAUGGAACAAGUUGUUGAGUUGAAUAGAAGAUCUCAUCAACGUAAGGGUGGUGAAUCAUGGGGUUGUAGAAUGAGAGCCAAGAAGAAUAUGAACAAAGUUCAUCAGAAUAUCUAGUUUUUCAAUUAGCUUUCUUUUCAUGUAAUUAUUUUGUUGUAUUUUUCGUUAAUAGUUGAGAAUAAAGGAUAUUGACUAUUGUGAACCAAUCACAAUCAUAAUAAGUGUCAAAUUAUAUUGUUAUUUUUAAAUAAAUUAUAUGAUAUGACUAAAUGAUAAAUUUCUUAUUAGAUAACAGUGUAAAACUAU